AAUCAGAACACGCGUUAUAUACAUGUUAUUUUAUAAUAACAUUUUCCUACCGUUCAGUCAGUAAGAUGAGUUCUAAUUGUUGAAAAAUCGUUAGGAAAAUCGUUAGGAAAUCGAUAAAAACGAUGCAUGUUCAUGCGAUGCAUGUGCGGUAAAACUUUGGAGUGACAGAAAAGUGAGAAAACACUGAUGAAUACAGAACAAUACAGAACAACCCCUUCGGGUCAAUGUCAAGAAUGUUUUGAAUGAGAAUUGUUUAUGAUAGGGACAUGUAGAUCAUGAUGAGGAACAGGAAUAUUGAACUAAUAAUAUUGGCGGUGACAUGACGCCAUUAUUCAUUUGCAAAUAUAAACGGAAAGGGAGUGUCAGAAUGCCCAAAAUGUUCCGCUUUGCUGUAGAGCGUUGAAAAUCAGAUUAAAGUUAAGACGUAAGACAAGUUCAUUCAGUAAAUGAAAAAAAUGAGAACCUCAGGUACUUUAUCUAAUCAAAAAGUGUCCAUACGCUGUAUAUGAAUCUCUUGUCCUAAUAACUUAAAUGCAAUACGUCAUUUAUGAAGACACUUGAAGCUUCAUCAUUUUUGUAACCAAAUACUUAUGCGUGACAGCGUGAGAUCUAUAUCAUAGCAAUUUAGCAUACAACUAUAGAACUGUAUGUAGAUGAGACAACUUUACUAAGUUUACUUCACAAAGAGAGAAUCAUGAGAACAACAAUGUCAGCGGCGAACAUACUUUACUGGAUAAUUCAAACUAUUGUUACACUUAGUGUCAUUCUUGCUAUUUCUUUAUCGUUCAAAAGCUCGCUAGACUCGGAAAAUAUUUAUCAGAAUUUAAGAAAUGAUCAGACUGCAAAGAGUUUACAAACAGGAGUAUCGAAUAAAAGCUGUCGUUAUCCGCUGAUUAAAGUUAAUGGGUUUUGUCAGCCGCCUUGUAAUUGGUCGUUUAUGACGUCAUCGGAGAUGGAGAUAUAUGACAAGAUAAUGUCCAACUGUUUAAGAAUUGCAAUGAUUUCUGCUGUGAUAACAUUUUUAACAUGGCUGGCUUGUGAACCGCUGAGAAAAUUUCCACAUAUUGUUCGAUUUUACAUCUUGCUGAGCAGCGCCAGUUUUACAUUUGCAGGAAUUUUUCCGUCCAAAUUAAGUACAAUCAAACAACAUAUGCAUUGCUCCAAAGAAGAGUAUUGGACAGCUGUGGGUAUUACGUCAAAUAUGGUAACAUUGCAAGGGGCAGUUUGUCAUUAUCUAUUGUUGAUGCUUUGCUUCUGGUUGUUUUGUUAUGUUGCUAAUACGUUUCUCUUGAUUGUUCUGGAAAAACGCCAUAUAUUUACCAAUCCAAAACUUCAUGUCAUACAGCUUAUGUUUUGCACGAUUGCACCAUCUAUUUUUGUGGCUAUUUGUCUACUUGUCGAGCAACCUGGCUAUCACAUGAUAUUCAAGGACCGCAUGGCCAUUUUACCGUCGACGUAUAUUCUUGUAUUUGGCACAAUCACCCUUCCAAUCCUUCUUAUGUCUGGUGCAUCACUUACAAUGUUGAUAGCCGUUGUUAGAUGCAUUAGAAAGGUUUCUCGGAAUUCUACAACAGCAGGUCAGGUGAUAAGAUCAGAUGAAGAAAGACGGUCUUUGAAAAACAUUGAACGACACUUCAUCUGCAUCAUAUGUCUCUAUGCACUGGCUAUGAUUGCUAUAUUUGUAGCCGAGGUUUUUCUACAAGACCAGGAAAUCGAUUAUUUGAAAAAUAUUUUGGCGUAUUUUUCCUGUCUUCGGACGAACGAGCCAUGCAAUAAAUCUGACAGACCAAAGUUCUUCUUAUCAAAUAUGAAAAUAUUAACGCCUGGAUUUUUUUGCCUCGUUACCUUUUUUCUGCUUUUCUGUACUAAUGAAACACGCUCCAUCUGGAGGGGCUGGUUGCAGUGGAUUUGCUCAAAAUUGUCAAUUGUUGGGCAAUAUUUGUUGGGUUGGAUAAGAGAAUGCAACAUGUUUUUAACUAGGAAACAUAGUUUACGAAUGGCAGAUCAAGUAAGGCCAGCAGGCGCCGAUGUUAACAGGGUAUCUUUUGGUAGUGUCAUAUCAACAAAUGGUUUAUUAUCGUACGACACACGAGGGACAACGUUGGGCGACGAACAUCUUGCCAGGAAUAACGAUGUAAUAAUCACACACCUAUAGCGUCGGCCAUAGCAUUCAAAUUAAGGAUUGAAUAUACAUCAAUCGAUUAGAUUGGGUGGUCUACAUCACGAGCGUUCAUUUUAGCUAGCGUUUUUUCCUGCACAUAAGUUUUGAGCGUUGACAUCUAAAAUAUUUUCACCUGUAUGAUAUGUUAAAGCUGGUUGUGCUGAAGUCAUUUAGGUCGCCAUCCAUCGAACGAAAUUUUCACGAUUUUUAGGCCACGUUAAUUCACAAGGGACCAGACGAAUUUGGUGCUGUUCGGUCUCCUCGUGUGCAUGAAAAAGAAUUUGCAUCCAUUUUAGCGUGUAAACACCUGCAUGAACCGGACGAAUUCGAGCGAGGUACCAAAUUCGUCCGGUCCCAUGUGAACUUAUAUAGCCUAAGUCACUAUUUGCGACAAGUAACUCCAGAAGUCAAGUAAAUAUAUA